AUGCCUAGCAAAGACCCAGAGAGCCACAUAGAUAAAGACAUACGGAAAAUAUCGUCGAGGAACGAUGAGCUGGUCAAACAAGACGCUACGCUAAAGAGGGAAUAUACUACACUACUGAGAAAAGUAUCUAGUGUAAUAACGGUGCUGAACAGUGUGGAUGCUGACGUUGCUGGCACUGCUUCCUCCAAUACGGAAGCCCCGUGCUUAAUCUCAGAGGCGACGGUGGAGAAAGUUCCCGAAUUGAGGUGGUAUAACGAACAAAUAUCACUAACCACGUCAAAGCUUGAGAACAAGGAAGACAUUGAGAUUCCGGAAGAGUUAGUGGAUGCAUAUACCCUGUAUAAGGAAACUCCGCUACUAUAUAAUGACACUCACCUACCAUAA